AUGAGGAUGCAACGUAGUAACACGCAGGCAACCGUAAACAAUCGAGUCCAGAGAGCGGAAUGUGAGAUCCUGCAGAGAACGGCCGAUAUGCUGCUGUAGUGUGGAGAGUGCGUCACUUUGUCGGAGUAUCGUCGUUCGGUGGUUGUUUUCAACUUGAUCGCUCCAGCGCACCAGUUGCAUGUGACACUUUAAGCUCGACGGACGGGUCCAACCUCGCAGCGGUUCGUGCGUGUGUGUGUGUGUGUUCUCUAGUGUUCUGUACAUCGUACCACGCGUAUCUUAUCUUAGUGUUUAGUGUGACGGGAGUGUCACGCUAGAAGUGUGUCGCAACCGUUUCUCUGGCCACGCUCGAAAUGAUAAAUUGAUUCGGUGUUUGCUUUAGUGACACCUCCCGUGCCAGUGCUAACCGGUGACGCCUAAUGAGAAAUUAAACAUCCAAGAAGUAUCGUGCGCUAAUUCGUGCUUUAUUGUGUGCAGUGAUGUGUUGUGAAAACGGGAACCUUGUGUAAAAUUGAAGUCUUUUUCACCUUUAUUCAACGUGAGCGUCACCGCCACCACCGUAUACAUCAAUCGACGAAACGGUUGGAUAUAACAUCAAGCAUAUAUAGAUAGUUUAACCAAUCUACCACCUUACCGACAGUAAGGCUAGUUCAUGCCAAAUCGUGUGCCCUGUCGUGUGCCGUGUUGGAUAAGUUGUGCAUGAAAUGAGCAAGCUACAACAGCAGCGAUUGUACGUAUGAUAGGAUACGCAAAACAUUACUACCUUUGCUGUUCACGACCUCUCAGUCGCACCACCAUAAAAUGACAUUUUAAUGGAGGUUUUCAGCAAAAGCUUCAAUCUUUUACUAAUGGUUUUCACAGCACUUAACGUAGGAAAGGUGUGCGCCACAGAGGAGCUUUACGGACUGAUAGUGACGCCGUUUCGCAGCGACCAGCACGUCAAGCUGCACGUCUGGUGGAACUCAACGCUGCCAGAAACGACCGAUUACGUCGUGACCAUAACGCAUAUUGAUUCCGAAAAAUGUAUGCUCAAGGACAGCCCCUUUGAAAAUCAUAAACACAUCAAAUGUGCUCCGAUCGUUGUUAGUGCGGAAACUACGGAAGUUACAAUACCAUCGGAUCUGAAUGGCGUAUUUAAACACACGUGUCCAAUCCAACAGCACUGUACAUAUUCGAUACAGGUAGAAACAUUAAACUUACCCACCAGAGUGACGGAUGUGAUCGAGGUGCCAGACUGUGUGGAGGGGUUAUGCUCCUGCCACUACGCUGAGCAUUUACCCGAACUGCUCAACACAUCAGCCAUUAUUAAAAUUACCACUAAUCAGCUCAUCGUUAGCUGGACCCUCGGUACUUUCAAUAAAACUGAGUUGCCGGAAAAUGUUAAUCUAAAAGCCAUAUAUCUUGGCGUCCGACGUGGAACAAACAACGAUCUUGCCUGGGGUGGUCAGCACUCCAGUAUGAGAGAAAUAAUGCUUCCAGUGGAAUCGAAUACACACAGCUUCAACAUUAACGAUUUCAUCGGCAGCAAGUAUAUUUUCGUUGUUCAGCUAAAAGUAAUAGAUACCAGAGACUGCGAACGCACUGCACAGCCAAUACUUGUGUCCCUUCCGGAUGCCGAAAAGCGGCUGCCUAACGCAACUGGCGGAUCUAAAGGAACCUGUACCAACGACACCGUAUGUAACUGUGAGCGUUUGAAUAGGUUUCCUGAUUUUCUGCUUGGCUGUCGACACGAAGGAUCUGAAAUAAUCGUAACAUGGCGUACUUUAAAACCCGUCACCUGGCGACAACCAUCGUCAACUGAUAUCGUUCAACUUCAACUGGCGAUACGUUCAGAGCUUACCGGAGCAAUACUCUGCUCCGUUUCCGUAGAUCCCAUGGCCACCAAUACCCACACAUUCUUCGUUGAUGAGAUCGUACCAACUAGCAGCACCAGUUUUGUGCUAACUGCUUCUUUCAUUGACGGCAAUAAUUACUGCGAACGGAUAAUACCUACCUAUAAAAUUCCUCCGAACCUUAACUCUACAUCUAUAUUGGUACCGGUAAUAUGUGUGCUAGUCGCGGUUAUUACUGUUACAGUAUUGGCAAGCACUUUAUUCAUCUACUACAAACGUCGUACGAAAUUUCGUUGGAAAGCAAAUAAUUGGAGAGGAGUUUAUGUGCGUUCCAGUGGUGAUCAUCAUCCACAAGUGGCAAUGGAAGAAAACAGACUGUACAUAGAUAUGGACAUUUUGAAUGCCCGAGCACGAGGUGAUGCUGACUAUUUGGAAGUUCCCCAUUCCUGCCUCCGGAUUGGGCGCGAGAUAGGAAAAGGGGCGUUCGGACGCGUGUUUAUGGCUAGCGCUAUUAAAUUACCUGGUUUUAGUGGACCAAAAAUAGUUGCAAUUAAACAGCUGAAAAAAUGCUCAUCCAGCGAUGAGUUUGACGAAUUUCUUGAUGAAAUCACCAUGAUGAAAAAGGUCGGAAAACAUCCGAAUAUCGUUGCGCUGCUCGGUUGCUGUACCAUCAAAGAGCCGCUUACAAUGAUAAUGGAAUACGUUGGCUGCGGCGAUCUGCUGGAAUAUCUACGGAAAAUACGAGCGAAACACUUAGCAAAAGUUCAUCAGCUGGACAUAGGAGCACAGUUGGAGAAUGCCAACUCGGGACUAAACACUGCACCGGGGAACAAUAUAUUUGGCCCGAUGGUGAAAUACUUAGAUCUAUUGCACACAUCCUCCAACUCAGACGCAUCCUACAUUACGCAAACCGAUACAACUACACGCCCUUCGGUGACGGAGACCACCUACACCGCGCUGAGCGGGACCAUGGGCGAUGAGGAUAACAAUUCCACCAUCGGUAGCUGCUCGCUCGAGUAUGUACUUGACCAUAAAGAGUUGCAUAACUUUGCGAAACAAAUUGCCUUCGGUAUGGAGCAUUUGGAGGGACUUCAUAUCACUCACCGUGAUCUUGCGGCACGAAACAUUCUGAUCGACGAGCGGAAAACGCUAAAGAUAUCGGAUUUCGGUUUAUCCCGCACCGGGAUUUAUGUCAACACCAGAAACAAAAAGGUUCCAUUACGCUGGCUGUCUAUCGAGGCGAUGCGUGAUAAUCUAUACUCCAACAAGAGUGACGUUUGGGCGUUUGGAAUCGUGCUCUGGGAAAUAGGCACUCUAGGCGGCUAUCCGUAUCCUUCCGUAAGCAAUCAUGAGCUGUUUGCCUACCUGCAGGAAGGGAAGCGAUUGGAACGACCGGAAAACUGCACAGUUGAUGUGUACGACUUGAUGUUGCAGUGCUGGCGUGAGGAUCCAAACGAGCGGCCAUCGUUUCAGCAGAUAUCAAAGCACCUUCAGCCCCACAAGAAGAUUUACAUUGAUUUCAACGAAAUUGAACCGACCUACGUAUUUCCACCGACCAGUGAUCAAAUACGAUUGGCCAUAGCGAACAAUAAGUGAGACCAUUGUGUCCACCGCAAACCACAACAAAGAAAGUAAAGAGGCGAAUAAGGUCAAUUGGUUGAAAGUCUCUAUAAAAAAAAAAAAAACAAGAAAGACGUGUACAUGUGUGUAUACAUGCAAUGUAUGUGUUUUACGUCCUACAAAUUCCAAUACACAAUGUUUCAUGUUCCAAUCACAAAGCAAACGUCUUCAUGUGCAUCUAAUUGCAUUCUACCCACCGUUGGAAAUGGAAAUGUAUUGGUGUAUAUGUAUGUGCUGUUGAUGAACGUUAAUUAAACCAUGUGGGUUUUGAAGGUAUAAUUGGCCAAUUUUGCCAUCAUUCCCCCAGUGACACUUACUUUUGGUCAAACGCACAAGGAAUAAAAAUAUAAGAAAUAAAAAAAAAACAAAAGCAACACACUUUAGCAAGGUAUGGAACAUUUAUCUGUUUGAUGUUUUUUCAGGACCAACCAAUGAUCGAAACUAAUUUAAAAAAAAAAAACACACAAAAAACAUGACUGUGAUAAUGAUAACAUAAUUAUACAUAAUAUUCAGUACAAAAACGUACGGUAAUAAUACAACAAAAAAUCUGCUUCUUUUUCUUUUUUUUGACAUAACAUUCGUUGUCGGUGUGUGGCUGCUUAAGCCACUCAUGGCCUUGGCUAUUGUUAGUAUGAUGGAAUCGGUCUAUAAGGGGCUUCAGCCCAUAACGAACAUCCUGUUGGAUCGUGAGAAAUACAAAACCUACUGUAACUUUUAUGAAACGUUUAAUGAAAUGGUGACACGUUGGUUAAUUUUAAUAGAAUAAAUUGUAAUUUAGUAUAAUUGAGUGUAUUACCCAUUGUAGUAAUUUACAGUAAUUUAGUAAUAAUUUAGAUUAAUUAAUUCAAUCCUUUACGUAUUUUUUUUCAUUAAGUACAUGACGGCCUACGACAGGUUUAGCCUACUUGCUAAAGAGUAAUAUGGGUAUAAAACAAUGCUUACCGUCUGCUUUUAUAUAAUUUUUACAAAACAUGUUGCUAAUGUAAUUCAAACAGAACUCGAUUUUGCUGUGCAUCCGGGAAAUAUGUUUCAUAUAGAACGAACAAUGGAGUACUUAAACAGUUUACAUACUUAUAAAACCAGGAAAUGUAACCAGCGUAACAAGAAAUGAGCUUUUCAAUUUGUGUAUUGUGCACCUUUGGUAUGAAUGUUAUGCAAAACAAAAAAACACAUCAUCGAGGAGCUUAAGCAAAGUAUGGAACAAAACUGACAAAAAUAGCACUGUGUUGACAAUUUGUACACAAAACAAACGAACAAAGUAGCAAGAUAAGACUUCAAUUUUAUGUGGUUUCCAGUCGAACUGAGACGAAAAGGAAUAGAAAUAAAUAUUUCAACAUUGUUGUGAGUUUCAUGUUGAGUAAAAUUA